AUGGUUCGGGGCGUGACAAUUGCUUUGGCUGGUCUUCAAGAAUCUUCCUCUGUAGAUACUCCAUUGGAAUUGAAUGUAAGGUAUCGUCAUGAUAAAGAAGAUCUUCUUCCUGAUCCAACUUUAUUUCGGCAACUAGUUGGGAGCCUAAAUUAUCUUACUAUUACCCAGCCUGAUAUCUCUUUUGUAGUUCAACAAGUAAGUCAAUUCAUGCAUGCGCCUCGUCAUCUAUAUUUGGUGGCUGUUCGUCACAUCAUUCGAUAUCUCUUAGGAACAUCUACUCGUGGAUUAUUCUUUCCUAGUGGUUCUUAUAUUAGACUUAAUGCUUUUAGUGAUUCCGAUUGGGCUAGAUGUUCUGAUACUCGUCGUUCGGUCAUUGGUUGGUGCAUGUUUCUUGGAGAGUCCUUGAUAUCCUGGAAGAGUAAGAAGUAA